UUUUUGUUUUGGUGCCUGCAGAAUGGAAAAAGGAGCAAGGGAGGGACUCCGUGGUGCAAGUGACAAAGGAAGCCUAUGAGACCUGCGACACUUCAAAGCCAAUCAAAGCAGACGUGGAGGGGAUCACGUUGGACAAGUCAGGACCAUUCUGCUUCAUCAGUGGUGUUAAGGAGCACUGGGACAAAGGCUUAAAGCUCACGGUGGUGGUUCUGUCUGAAAAGCGAAAGUAUGGUUUGGAUUCUCCGUCGCCUGCUCCAGCUGCAGCUCCGUCAGGUAACGCUGCUGCUUGUGGUUUCAGUUGAUGACAUAUUCUUGCCGGUUGAAGCUUUCCACCUCUAUGAUCGACUUGGAAGACGUAUUCCUCAUGAAGAGAGAUUCUCAACUCCUAGAGUUCCAGCAAUAGUUGAGCUCUGCAUCCAGGCUGGGGUUGAUGUCCCGGAAUAUCCCACUACAAGGAAAAGAAAGCCAAUCAUCCGAAUUUCGAAGAGUGAAUUUGUUGAUGUAGAUGAAAGUGAGCUACCAGACAGUGAAGAACCCAAGAGACCAGUUUUGGCUGAAAUAUCGGAUUCGGAGGUAGUAGCCCCCUCUAAUGAAGAAGAAACAACCUUGCUUGCUGAGGAAACACUACGAGCAUGGGAGCAAAUGAUGAGAGGAGCCAAGAGGCUGAUGAAGAUGUAUCUGGUGAGGGUUUGCGGGUAUUUCCCUGAGGUGCAUGUCGGUCCUAGCGGGCACAAGGCUCAGAACUGUGGGGCCUUCAAACACCAACAACGAAAUGGGCAGCAUGGCUGUCAGGCGGCCGUGCUCAAUGACUUGAUACCACCAAGAUAUGUGUGGCAUGUUCCAGAUGUGAAUGGACCGCCAUUGGAGCGGGAGCUCAGGAACUUCUAUGGGCAAGCCCCUGCGGUUGUCGAAAUGUGCAUUCAUGCGGGAGCUGCCGUUCCAGAGGAAUACAGACCAACCAUGAGGUUGGAUGUCGGGAUUCCCUCCACUAUUAAAGAAGCUGAAAUGGUAGUUUGAUGAGAUGAAUAUCGAAAGAAGGAAAACUUCUUGCAGAUGAUUAGUUUGUACCAUCUUACU